CUUCAGAUGGGAUGCCAAGCGUUUCAAACCAGACUUCUCCAUCAAACCAACAGAGGGUUACAUUUCUCCAGGAACAAAUGUCUCUUUUGAAGUGACCUUCCACCCUUGUGAACAGAGUCAGGACAUCUGCUAUGAGAACCUACCCUGCUACAUCCAAGGCGGAGAACCUGUGAGGCUCACCCUGAGUGGAUUCUGUGUGGGCGUCCCACUUGUCAAAGAGGUAGUAAAUUUUGUAUGCCAGGUGCGUGGAAAGCACACACAGACCAUCAUGCUAUCUAACCGGACCAACCAACCAUGGACGCUGCAGCCCAUUAUUGAGGGAGAGCACUGGAAAGGGGCAGAGUUCAUCAGGGUGGAAGCCCACCAGCAGAACAAGCCCUAUGAAAUCACAUACAGACCUCUUGCUAUGAACACAGAAAACAAGAAAGACCAGGGAUCUAUCUUUUUCCCACUCCCAGAUGGAACAGGACUGCUUUAUCUCCUGCAAGGCACUGCAGAGCCUCCCAAGUCCGCUGGGAAUAUUAUGAGGGAAGUUCCAUGCAAAACAUCCUACGUAGAACUGUUUCCCAUCACCAACUGGUUGAACAAGCUGCAACGGUUCCGGGUAACAGUUGACAUGCUAAAGCCAGAGAAGCUGGAAGUCACAACCACCCUGAAAACUCUGGACUAUAUUGAAGUGCCUGCUUCUGCCAAGAAGGACCACAAGCUCACCUUCUUCUCUUACAAAGAAGGCAUGUACAGUGCCAAGGUAACCUUCCGCAACGAAGCCACCCAGGAAUUCUUAUUCUACCUGAUCACAUUUAAGGCCAUCCCAUGCGGCCCACUAAGCACCCUUGAACUGGCCACGGCUGUCCGGCAAAACACCUCCUCCUCCGUCAAAGUUGAAAAUCCGCUGCAUUACCCAGUCACCUUCAACACAGAGUGCAAGGUGCCAGACAUCAACAUGCCUCCCCAGUUCACCGUCCCUGCUCAGUCUGAGGGAGUGCUCGUCUUCGAGUUCCUACCAAUGAGGCCCGGGGAAACCAGUGGGCGUCUGGCUCUCAACAGCAAUGAACUGGGCACUUUCCAGUAUGAUUUGAUCCUGAAAGCCACUCCGGCCCGUCCAGAGAAGCCCCUCUGUUUUUCUACCACGCUGGGCAGCAGCCAGAGCUUGGUUGCCAAGUUUGUCAACUACACUCGCCAAAAGACCGAGUACUCCACCAAGGUCGACUGCCCCGAUUUCCACGUGGACAAGGUCGUCAACGCCCCCGCGGGGUCGCAGGCGGGGACCGAGGUCAGCGUGGAGGUGACCUUCGAGCCGUGCCAGCUGGGCGAGUCCAGAGGAACCCUCCUGCUCUCCUCGGCGGCGGGGGGCGACUACGCGGUCCCGCUCUCCGGCACGUCGCUGCCCCCG